ACAGCUUUCCCGACAGCCCCAAAUUCACAUUCUGUUCCGUUGAGUUGUCGGUAGAGGCGGUUUUUCUUCAGUUUUUCCGUUUGUUUUCCGUUCUAUAUUAUUUAAUGAUUUCAAUUUUUCGUUUAUCUUAAAAUUGGGUUCGUUCAAUUGUGCAAUUCCUCUUUGUUCGUAAAUACUUUAUUUUUGGAAAACGAGAUUUUUCCAAUAUUUUCAUGACAUCAAAACUAUGCACAUUGUCUUAAGUGAUUUGUGUUUAUGUGACAAUAAAAAAGGAUAACGUUUGUGUUUUUCGCGGUUUUUUGUUCGUUCUUUGUGCGUAUUGUGUUUUCCCAGGAUUUACGUUAAGAGAUUUUUACUUGUUUCCACUUGCCCAGUAUACUAAGUUCUACUGUUUGGAUUAUUUUCACUUAAUUAGGGAAGGAGAUAAUAAAUGAUAAUCGAAUUCCUAAACGAACGACUUCUAUUAUAAGAAAGGAAGAUUUCUACUUAAUGCAUAAGGAUAACGAAUCGUAUAAGAUUUUUUAAGAAAAAAUCAACCGUGAACUUAUAUCAGUAUUAUUCGUAUUUAAGAAAAGCAAGGAUAAGCUACUCUCCAAAAUCAUUGUCGAAAGAAAUCCGCAACAUUUUUACAUACCUAAUGAAAAUCUGCUACUAAGUAGCAGAUAUUCUACAUUUUAUAAGGGUGUUAACGAGCACAUAGUGCUCUUCCAUACAAAUCAAUUAUUGUCGAAGAAGACAAGGAAACACACAAAAGAGGAACGAAUUUGUAAACCUUUUUGCAUAACAAAUUUUACUGAAAACCAGCAAUAGCAAUCAUUGAAUUUUAUAAAAGGAAAGUCGACUUAAAAUAUAGAUUUGUAAUGAUGACCAGCGGAAUGGUAGAAGGGCAACAAAAUGGUGCCGGUAGUAAUCCAACUGAAGAUAAACGCACUAAUCUCAUUGUUAAUUAUUUGCCACAAACGAUGACACAGGAGGAAAUUCGAUCGUUGUUUUCUAGUAUUGGUGAAGUUGAAAGUUGUAAAUUGAUACGAGAUAAAGUUACAGGACAAAGUUUAGGAUACGGUUUUGUUAAUUAUCAUCGGCCUGAAGAUGCAGAAAAAGCGAUAAAUACACUAAAUGGCCUACGAUUACAGAAUAAAACAAUAAAAGUAUCUAUUGCCCGUCCCAGUUCCGAAUCGAUUAAAGGUGCAAAUCUUUACGUUUCGGGUCUUCCAAAAAACAUGACACAACCAGAUCUUGAAUCGUUAUUCAGUCCAUAUGGUAGGAUAAUUACAUCGCGGAUACUAUGUGAUAAUAUAACAGAACAACCUUAUGUUACUGCUGGCGGAGUUAAGUUGACGGGACUGUCGAAAGGCGUCGGUUUUAUACGAUUCGACCAACGUAUGGAAGCCGAGCGUGCCAUAAAAGAACUGAAUGGUACUAUUCCAAAAAAUUCCACCGAUCCUAUUACAGUUAAGUUCGCCAAUAAUCCAAGUAAUAAUAAGGCACUAGCACCGUUAGCUGCAUAUUUAACACCACAAAAUGCCCGACGAUUUCCGGGACCAAUACAUCCAGCAGCUACAGCUGGACGAUUUAGUUCGGUAAUCUCGAGGUAUUCACCACUGACUGGAGACUUACUGGCUAAUACAAUGCUCCCAUCGAAUACUAUCAACGGUUCGGGUUGGUGUAUAUUUGUAUAUAAUCUGGCACCGGAGACGGAAGAGAAUGUUCUUUGGCAAUUAUUUGGACCGUUCGGUGCUGUCCAAUCAGUGAAGGUCAUCCGAGACUUACAAACAAACAAAUGCAAAGGAUUUGGAUUUGUAACGAUGACAAAUUACGAUGAGGCUGUUGUUGCUAUACAAUCGCUUAACGGUUACACAUUAGGGAAUCGAGCGCUACAAGUUAGUUUUAAAACAAACAAAACCAAGACAUAAUCGUACAAAGAUAGUACAGCCAACAAACAAAAACAAUAACUUUAAUAAGUAAAAUGAAAACACACGAACAAAUGUAUUUGUAAUAUUCUUUUUUUUGUUUUUCAAUUCUUUUGUUUCCCCUAGUGAUGAAAAGAAUUUUGAAUUCAUCAUAAGUUCGUGCUUUAUUUUCUCUGCUCGCUUUCUAAACCGAUUUUUCUUUGCAUUUUCUGCCCAGUAUGAAUUUUAUUUAGGACUUAAGUGCUUUUUUUUUCGGACAGUUCAAAACUGAAUUAAAUUCCUUAAAAUUAUUCUCGAAUAUUUUCUAUCCUUGCGGAAAUAGUGAAAAAUAAGAGGUAAAUGGAGAAAUGAUGACGAAGUAUAAACACUAAAACUAGUUAAAAAAAUAAACCGAGAACUUAACAAAAGGAAAUGUUAGAAACGAUUAAUAAAAUUUAAAAAAAUAUACUUUUUAACUUUUAAGCUUUAAAUGCAAUUUUUUUACCCAAAUGUAACUUAUAAUAAUACAUUUAUUACGAUAAUAUAUAUUAAAGGAUAUAGAUAUCAUUUAACAUUUUGUCUUAUUAGGCGCAAAGUAAAAUUCAGUAUCUAAAAUGAUAAUUGAAAAUUUAACCUGAAACGAAUAAUGUGGUAGAAUAGGCAAUGAAGCGAGAAAAUGAAGGAAAAAACGCCAAUACGGAGCUUGAACUGAUUAUUAUGAUAUUAAAUGUACGCUCAUUUUCCUUCCCUUUCAUCUAAUGAUAGAUGACAUUCUCCAAUUAAAGGGUGUGUGUAUGAAUUCUUUUUCUUCAAAAAAGUAAAUUCAUAGCAAGUUUUUGCGGAAACAAAUAGAAAAUUAUUUUGAACUAAUAACCGUAAACCGAUAGUUAUUAUGUAUUGAAUGGCGAUGAUAUGAAAAUCUGGUUUAAGGAAUGAAGUGAGACCAUAGGAAAGGAAAUGACUAAACAAAUUGUGUUGUACAAAUCUUAAGGAAUAUAUUUAUAGAAGUAUUAACACUAUCAUGGAAAAAGUACACAUGAACUUACCAUCGAAACAUACUUGGAAACAUGGACGUUUUGGUUGAAGACUUUUCAUUUCUUGUUCGACUGUCUACCAAUAAUCCUUUUAGCAAUUAUCUAUUCAAAUCAUUAAUAUUUACCAAAGAUGAGACUUUUUUGGGUACAGUUUUUAUUAAUAAAACAUUUUUGAAUUCAUAUAUGCACAUUACUGACAAAAUCUGCUUUUGUACCUCAAUACAGGCUUUCCGUUUCAUAAAGUCUCGGUUGAUGUAGCAUUCAUUCAGCAUUUCGAACGCGUAUAACUAUUUAUAUAUUUAGAUGCGCAACUAUUUUACAGUAUUGUAAAUUGUGAAAGGUGUCCCCUCGGAACCUAUACACGUUCAAUGCCAGUCAGGAGGGACGUGUGUAAAACGAAAUCGAUGAGAGAUAUAAAAUUGUAGAGAAUGAAAUUAUUAUUGAAAAUCCAUGUCUUCAGUUCUAUUUUCAUUUGGACAUUUUGCGUUACGGAGAAUUUUGGUGCAUGGCUCGUUAUUUUUUCUCCCUCGGAAUUUAUUACGAUAAAAUGACUGUUUUGAAACUUUAUUCUAAUUUGAAGAUUAUGCUUUAUUUUCACGCUUAACUUCAAUUAGAUUGCCAAGAACCACAUUAUUUAGGUAACUUUAAUUUUGAAUAUAUUUUUAUUUUCAUUCAUGAAAUGUUGUUAUUCUCUUUAUAAUGGAUUAUGAAGUUUAUACAUUUACUUUAAGAAUUAUGGAAUAUGUUUAGAAAAGAAUUAUAAUCGUCCUUAAUUUACCUUUCUUUGUUAUUUUAUAAUUUUGUGAUUCAAUUAAUUUCACGUCCUAAUUUCAACCACGCCAAAGAUUUUGUUUCCUUUUUUUUUACUUGAGUGACUAAUAUUUUCU